AUGGUAGUGUUGGAAGAAGAGAUGUCGAUAUACUUUCAAAAUGGGUUAAGGAAAAUCGCACCAUAUUAUAAUGCAAGAUCAUCGUUUGUGAAAGGCAGAUGGUUCGGCAAGUCUUUGACCCAGAUAUUCAUUGACGAGUUUGCACAUACCCAUGAAGAAGCACAACUGAAAAUAACGGAAGGUUUUAUCAAGCUGUUGAGGGAAGGUAAGCAGCUGGAAGGAGAUCCCAUUAUUAAGAAUAAAGAUAUUCUACUCACCUACCAACACAACCAUGAACCUCCAGUCAAAAACUGGGGGGAACCAAUUUGUGACGAGAAGCACAUUAUGGGAAUUCCAAUUGUGCAUCAAGAUGAACAAUUACUAGUCAUUAAUAAACCCAAUGGUAUUCCGGUACACCCAACGGCCUAUUUUUAUAAGAAUACUUUAACCGAGCUGUUGAAAGAUUCUUUGGGAUAUCCAGUACACCCAUGUUAUCGUUUGGAUAAGAUCACUUCUGGUUUACUUAUUCUGGCCAAAAAUCCCAUCGAUGCUAACAGAGUUCAAUCUAAGAUAAGAGAUCGUGAUAUGAAGAAAUAUUAUCUAGCUAGAGUAAAAGGAAAAUUUCCUGAAACUGCAGUUGAUAAAUCCCCAAUCUAUACCUGUGACUUGAAAAUUAAAUCAGAGCCAUUAUCCCCUUUGAAAGACGCACAUACUGAGUUUGAAUUAAUGGAAUACGAUGCCGUAACUGAUCAAUCAAUUGUAUUAUGCAAACCUUUCACGGGAAGAACACAUCAAAUUCGUAUCCAUUUGGCAAGACAGGGACACCCCAUUACAAACGAUCCGUUUUAUAACCUUGAUAACUCAACGUACCCAUUACGGUCAAGGUUUAUUAUUGAGACCCCAGAUUGGACUCAACUAACAAACGAAAGAAUCGAAAAGCUACGGAAGCGGUUCGAGGUUGAACUGGAUGAUGUCUGGGAUCAAUUGAAUGAAAAUCAAGAACGAUGUCCUGAAUGCGACGAAGAAAUGCCAAAAGAUCCAACUCCAGAAUCGUUAGAGCUAUAUCUACAUGCUUGGAGAUACAAAGGUUUGGAUUUGGAGUUUGAAACAGAUUAUCCCUACUGGGCGAAGUUCGAAAAUGAGAAACAAGCUUAA